AUGAUUUUUGAGCUUGUUGUUGUGGCCGUUGCAGUUUUGCUUGUCUGGCUAUCGUGGUUUCUUCUAUCUACAAACUAUGAACGAAGUAGAAUGCCCCCAGGUCCAUAUCCAUUACCUUUCAUUGGGAAUGUUCACCAACUUGGCCGAGAUCCACCCUUUACCCUAGAACAUCUUCGUAAAAAAUAUGGUGACGUUUACACAUUUUCUACUCCAGUUGGAAAUUUUGUUGUUGUCAACAGUGCCAAACUCGCAAGGGAUUUACUUGUCACGAAGAAAGAUGAUUUUGCUGGUCGUCCAAAGACUUCCUUCUUUCCAAUGACAGAAAUAUUUAUGAACAAGGACAUCCCAUCCUCUGAUUACAGUCCAUCACUUCUAUUCCGGCGAAAGAUAGUCAAAUCUGCACUCCGAUUGUUCGGGGAAGGUACAAAAGUUACAGAAGAAAAAGUUACAAGGGAUAUUAAAAGCUUCUUACAAAGAAUUGAAGAAACAAACGGGGAAGCAUUUUCAAUUCAUGAUCAUAUAAGUGCAUUAAUAAUUAACAUGUUAUGCGAACGUGUUCUUUCAACACGAUAUCCGGUUAAUGAUAUCACUAUCAAGAAGCUCGCUGAUUUUGGACGCAAUAUUCUCCUGCUUGGGAAACAAGGAACAAUAUUUCAAUUCUUCCCGUUCCUUAAAUAUCUCUCAAAAGAUUUUAUGAGUACGUUCAAGGACGUUAUUCAAACAAGGGAUGAAUUUUUUGGCGGACAUCUUAAAAGUCAUCGUCAAACAUACGAAAAAGGAAUAAUUAGGGAUAUAACCGAUGCUCUUCUUCUUGCGUACGAUAAUGAAAAAGAUAAACAUCGAAAUAAAGAUGUAGGAACAAGCGACGACGUAAUGUUUCUAAUGUUGAAUGUAAUCCUAGCUGGAACUGACACUAGUACAACAGUUCUUACCUGGUUUAUGUUAUAUAUGAUUCUAUACAAAGACACCCAAGAAAAGAUACAAAAAGAAAUCGACAAAGUCACAGCGAACGGUUCUUCACCAACUUGGCGUGAUGCAGAGAAUUACCCGUAUCUUUUGGCGACAAUAUGUGAGAUUAUGCGUCAUUCGGCAUUUGUACCUUUCCUACCGCCGCACAAAGCGAUUCGUAAUACAACUAUUGCUGGAUAUCGUAUCCCGAAAGAUACAGCGGUCCUAGUGAACUUAUGGCGUAUACACACAGAUCCAAAUGAGUGGAAAGAUAGCGAGAGUUUUAAACCGGAGAGAUUUCUUGACCAGAAUGAUAAAUUCAUAGGAUGGGAAGCACGACCUGAUUUUAUCCCGUUUGGUGCAGGUGUCAGGGUAUGUAUUGGAACGGUGAUGGCCAAACAAGAAGUAUUCACUGUUGCAGCAAAACUUCUUCAGAGGUUUACACUUGACGUACCAGAAGGUGGGCCGACACCAAGUUUGGAGGGUGAGUCGAAUGCAAUCCGCGCUCCAAAGCAUUACACACUGACAGCGAAGAAACGAUUGUGAAAAACUACUAGAAAUAAACGAUAAUUAUGGUAAUAAACUAUAGUGAUAAAUUUCACUAAUGCAUCUUAGUGCAUCAUUUAUACUAAAGCAAGGUUUUAGGCCGUAGGCGCAACCAAGUGUUGAAAUACAAGCAUAUCUCAUUUGAAUUUUUCGUCGUAAUUGGUGCCACA